CGGCAGGCGGACUCUCAACCACUGCGCCACCAGGGAAGCUCAGGUGUUAAUGUUUUUACUCCAUGAAGUGUAGAACGGCUCCUCAGACAGUGGGGAGACUUCUAAAGGCAGACGGUGAAAGCUGGGGCUGGAAUAUGCCCCCGUUUCCGUUUACUAUGGUGGCUGCAGCCUCUGGUGGCCUUUCGUGUGCUGGUCAGUAAUUGCCGUGAAAAACAAAUUCACACAAGGUGCAUUGAAGGAAAUAAUGUCAGUCCACAGUGAAAGGAUGGGAAGAUUUACAUCUCAGGGUGGCUCUUCUCUGUACCUUUGCUCACGUCUGUGAGGGCGCUUCCGGCGGAGGACUGCGGAGGUGCUUGAUGGGUGUCAGGAGCGUUGGACCAGCGGGCUGCUUGUGUGUGGACAGUGUGCAGUUUUCUCCUGCCACAGAGAUGGGAGAGGACAUUUGAGGUCAGCAGGCAUGGAGUGACCUUUGCUGGUAGGCCACAUCUAAUGUUCAUUGUCUGUAUCUGCUGUUUUUUGAAAGUUUUUUAUGAGUUCCUGUACACUACAGACGUAGCUCUUUGGGAAGGGUUGUGAAGCGCUUCACACGCGUUAUUUUAUUUGGUUCUCUCAAAAUCUUCAGAGGAGACGUGCCCAGGCCCCGUCUGGAAGCAGAGGAGCGGGGUGACCGGUUUAGGGUCACACCCUGGCCCUGCUUCCCUGGUGCUCCUGCUUUGUUGCAGAUUCUCCGUGAGCAGUUCACACUGAGCUGUUUGGACCAGAUGCUGACAGGAGCUGCAGAAGUUUGCUGGCUCAUUUACAUGCAUGGGCAUCCUUUCCCAAAAGGGAAGUUUAUUUGAUACAUUCAUCUAUCUCUGCCUCAGGUUCCCUAUCAGUAAAUGAGGUUACAGCUUACCUGUCUCAUAGACUUGUUGUGAGGGUUAAACAUCAGUGGAAACGCUGUUAGCUAGAUGCCUGGGACACAGUAAGUGCUUGACAAGUGUUAGCCAUUAUAUUACCAGGUGGAAGAAUGAUCUGGGUAGACAGUAGAGAGAGAAGUACACAGUAUUUAAGCAGAAUUAUCCUGCUUGGAGGGAAGGAUAUGCACUGGAUUGACAAAGCAAAGGUGGAUGCAUGGGUAAUUCCAUGCAAGCUCUUUUGAAUCCCCUGGGCCCCAAGGAAUUCUGUUCUACUCCUUUCCAAACACUCCUGCCUCUAGUCACACCAGCACCUCCUCUAUCCUGAGACAGUAACAGGUGUUUGUUGCUGCUGCUUUUGCCCUUUCAGGUUUGUUCCUGUUUUUUCUUCACCCGCUUUCGUAUAAGCCUGCCACCUCCUCAUUUGCUCAGUGGGUCGUGAGCUUCCUGCACACGGCUUGGCAUUAGGUGCAGGGAAACCCCCCUGUAAAGCUGGAUGUUGCGCCGAGGUCACUCUGGUGGUGCUCUCUGAGAUCCCGUGUGUAGAGCAUGAUUGCACGGUAGCAUAUGUGUCAAUUCCAGGUUUUACUUUGGCAACAGGGUGCCAAAAAGGUGAGGGGGUUCCACAAAGCUUAAUAUGAUAGAGGCCGGUGUUUGGUGGGUUUCUGGUGAUUCUGUAAAUUCGUCUAAUCUUUUUGGAGAGCAGCUAGCCGUAUGUGAUAAAGAUUUUGAUUUUGGAAUCCCAGUUUGUUUUUGAAAACAAACUUUGAUACAUAAACUCUGCAUGUCAGAGGGUAGAGUACUCCUCAGCCAGCAGACAUGCUCUGGCAAUCUCCUUCCUAUCCUUCCUUCCCAGCAAAAUUUGAACCAUUUUGAUCCAUGGAAAUAUGUUCAAAAGCACGUCUUAACCAAAAAGGCGAAGUAGUUUGUACACAGCAAUUAUACGGAUGUAAAAAUGUGCGAGGACGUGGGCAAGGAUCAGAAGGGAAGGUGGAGUGAUGUAAGUAGUUUUAUUUUAGGGUCACAGGACUGUUUUCUCGCUAAGCUGGUGUUCUGGUUUAUAGUCAUUUUAAAAGUCAAAAGCAGAAAGGCCCUCUGACGUUGUCGGGUGCAGUGACAAAUCUUUCUUCAUUCCCUCUCUCCCAGCUGCAGCACAGAAGGAGGUAUGAGAUUCCACCCAGACCUCUUAGGUGGGCUCUCGAGACCCCCACAGCCCGGCCCACCGUGGGCAUCCUAAGGGCCCCUGCCACUCUCAGCCUUGCCCAGCAGCCCCUGCCUGUGCACAGGCUGCUCUUGUCUAGCUGGUCUCCUGUCGCCCCGCAGGGCCCAGCUCCUGCUUCAUCCCGGAGAGCCGUCCUGGCCAGGCUAGCCGCGCUGCCUUCCUCGGUGUUACCUCGUGCCUCCUGCCUUCCACUGCUGCGGCAGGCAGUGGUCAGGGCCACGUCCACAGUGGUCUCCCCUUCUAGAUCAUUGUGUACUUGCCACGUGGGGUCCCUUAAACCGGAGAUGGGACAGCACGUGUGCGAUGGGGGUUGUGAGGACCAGAUGCGCAGACACCCGCUUUUUGCUGAGGUCUCCUCCCUCCCUCUCCACCUACCAGAUUCCUGGAGGCUCCCUCACUUCACUUCCACACGGCUCUUACCGCCCUUUAACAGACUGUCUUCUUUGUCUUCUCCCACUGUCAUGGGAGGGAUUUCCUCCCUCUUACAGGCUCCCGUAUCUUUAAGGACUUAGAUUUGCUUGAUACCGAGGCAAGGUGCUCAAUCAGUGUUUGAACUCAUCAAAUUUCGUCUGGGGCAAGGGCAGAUGCCAACUUUUAUGGGGCCUGAGACUUACCCAAUCUGGGGGAGGAGACCUCUUUAAGCAAAUACAGUGUUACAAAUAGGAAUCAAUUUGAAAAUUAAUUUACAGAUGUUUAUUUAGAAUGAGACAAAGUAAAUAAGAUACAGAUUUGAAAAAGCUGACCGCUGGUACAGACGUCACUCAGUCCAGAAAGAUAGCAUAUUUGUUAAUUAUCUGACACACUUCUGUAACACUUUUCAUUUGGCUAGGUACUUUUUAGUUGUCUCUUCAUAUGACAGAGAAUAGAAAGAGCUCAGUGAUUCCUCUAGCAUGGCUGAUCAGAAAUCUUAUUAUUGAUUGUUAGGAUGCAUAAAACAUGGUUUCACACUUGCUGUUUCUAGCACAGAUAUGUCUCGGAAAAGCGGGAGUUCUGAUAAAUUCUGUUUUGCACAAUUCCAUUCAAAAACGUUAAAAAAUCAAUGGUGUAUUUAUAGUUAUACUGCUACAUUAUAAAUUUUUUUUUCUGACAGGCGAGAAGUGUAGUUUUGACUACUGAGUACCGAACUCUGCGUGCAUUUUGACAAGUCUGGUGAUGAUUUUCCCACAAAUGUGCGUCUGGCUCCCCGAGUUUCAAACCUUGCUCCUUUCCCAGGGCCCACACGCUUCCAGCACCAGGUGCCAUCGGGUCUGUUCAUGUUGCUGCAGGGCCUGGGCCCUGCACCUUUGUUCCAUAACCCUCCAGCACACAAACACGGGACUGGCAGUGGUGUUCCGGGAACCAUAGCUGCAUUGUGAGGCUGGUGGUCACCUCAAUGUGAACACCUGAAACGUCUCCGCUUCAGCCCAAACUAAGGGUGUCCCUGGCUCCUUGUGCUGGUAGCUGGGUCCUCUCCUGAGCUGCCUGACGUGGAGGGAAGGAGGGACAGAAACAGAUGUGGGGUGGAAGGGGCAGCAGUGUUAGUCGAUUGCAAUUUGAAUAUGUUUUCGAAUUUCCCAAAAGGCUGUGAUCAUGGCCGCACUUCACUGAGGGCCUUUCUUAGGACCUUGGCAGGCCGGUGCCAGGUAGGGGCCCAGAAACGAGGCAGAAUGGCUUUAGAGUCACACUGCCGGCAUAGGGGCAGCCUGUGGUCCGUUGCUUGGUACCACACAACACCGUGGAGGCACGUGGGUGAGGGUGCACGGCACCUCCUCCUGCGGCUGGCGGGAUGUGUCUGGAAGCAGGAAGCAGCGCUGGCUAUUUUACAGCCGUUUAAAUGACUGGGCGUGAUUCACUUUACCUCCUGCGUCGUUCAGAUCCCAGUUGCCUUGGUAAUAGUUAACACAAGCUGAGUGUGGGGGGAACAAGUCUCAGUGUCGGAACAAGAAAUCGAUUUUUUACAUUGAUCUAAAGAGAGUGUUUUAAGAUGUUAGUUUUUAUUUUAACUGCACUAUUUGAGAAGCAAGAACAAGCGCAACACCUAGAGGAGACGUGGGUGCUUACCCCGGCUCUCUCUUUGAAGGCGAGCGGGCUCGGCUGUAGGUGACCCCUGCCGUCGUCUGCCCGGAAGCCAUCUGAUUUCAGAAGUAGCGCACGUUCAUCACGGUAGGCAAUUCAAGAGAUACAGGCGCCAGGAAAGAAGGAAAUAAAAAUCAGCCCUCUUCCCUCUCUCAAAGAUGACCUCUGCAAACAUGCUUUAAAUGCAUGGAUGCCAAGUUCCGUUUGUGGGAAGAAGGAAUGAGCCUCCUCCACCCUGUCUCUCCCGCUGACUGUGGCCACAAAGCUGGACAGCUGCGGGAGCAGCCCUGAGGACCCUGGCAAGGAAGUGGUGGCGGGCAGACAAAGGCCAGGGUCUGAAGUGCCUGCCGCAGGAGCACUGAGCUUCCUGUUCUCCCUCCAGCACCCCCGGUCCCCAGCGUCUUCAGGGUGUCCGAAACCCAGAGGUGGGCUCCAGGGGCAGAUAGGGAGGGCUGCAGGGGGAGCCACCCAGUUUGGGGUCUAGAGGGAGUGGGAGAAAGCCACCAUUUCUUCUUCUCUCUCUCCCUGUUCUCCAGCCAGGCCUGAGACACCUAAAACUCCAAGGGCUUUUUACUCUCUUUCCUGCAGCCUGGUCCCAGCAAGGGUGCAGUCCCAGGACGUGCACGGCAGAGCAGGGGAACAAGCCACAGUCCUCUGGCUGGAAGACUGAGAAUGCAUUCCUCACUCUUAGCUGGUGAAGAAUGGGGGAGCUGGAAGGAACCUACCGCGUCCUGCAGACCCCAGGGACACGCCUAGGCGCCCAGACCCCCGCGGGCGUCAGCACCCUCGAGCCUGGGCAUGGCCCCUCGGCAGCAGCGGCGUGGCCAGCGGCCAGGACGCCCAUCCGAGUGCAGCUGCUGGACAGCUCCGUCGAGGUGUUUGACGUUGAGCCUAAAUGCUAUGGCCAGGUGUUACUGACCCAGGUGUGGAAGCGCUUGAAUCUGAUAGAAUGUGACUACUUCGGCUUGGAGUUUCAAAACGUCCAGUCCUGCUGGAUCUGGCUUGAACCUAUGAAACCCAUCGUUAGACAAGUACGAAGGCCAAAGAAUACAGUGCUUCGCCUAGCAGUGAAAUUUUUCCCACCUGAUCCGGGUCAGUUGCAAGAAGAAUAUACACGAUACUUGUUUGCCCUGCAACUUAAGAGAGACCUUCUGGAGGAGCGUCUGACCUGCACGGACACCACGGCUGCCCUCCUUGCGUCCCACCUCCUGCAGGCGGAAAUUGGAGAUUACGAAGAGGCGCUGGUCCGGGAGCACCUGCGGGCCCACGAGUACCUGCCGGGCCAGGAGCGGGCCCUGGAGCGGAUCCUGGAGCUCCAUCGGGGGCACGCGGGCCAGACGCCUGCCGAGUCGGAUUUCCAGGUGCUGGAAAUUGCCCGGAAGCUGGAAAUGUACGGCAUCAGGUUUCACAUGGCCUCUGACAGGGAGGGGACCAAGAUCAACCUGGCCGUUUCCCACAUGGGCGUCCUCGUGUUCCAGAGCAGCACCAAGAUCAACACUUUCAACUGGUCCAGGCUCCGGAAGCUCAGCUUUAAGAGGAAGAGGUUUCUUAUCAAACUCCACCCAGAGGUCCAUGGGCCUUACCAGGACACCCUGGAAUUCGUGCUGGGGAGUAGGGACGCGUGUAAGAACUUCUGGAAGACGUGUGUAGAGUAUCACACCUUUUUCAGACUUUCUGAUCAGCCGAAGCCCAGAGCUAGAGCCAUCCUCUUCAGCAGAGGUUCCUCCUUCAGAUACAGUGGAAGAACUCAGAAGCAACUAGUGGAUUAUGUCAAAGACGGUGGGAUGAAGAGGAUUCCGUAUGAAAGAAAACACAGCAAGACCCAGAUGUCUCUCCGCGCCCUAAAUGCCAACUUGCCGAGGCAGAGCAUCUUGUUCACCGAGGGCACGAGGACUCCCGCGUCCCCGUCUUCAACAAGUGCCUCCUUCUGUUCGGGCCCCGCCUCCCCUCCAGCCCCCGUGGGCCUGCUCGGUUCCAAGGACAGCAGCAGCUCCCCGACAGGGCCCCCGGCUCCCAGCGCCAGGUGGCCAGCUGCAGAGAGGAGCGGCGUGGCCGCGGCCCCGCCCCCCGGGCCGCCUGCGUUCCAGCCUUGCCAAGGCCUUUCCGUGGAGAGUCCUCAGCUUCCCUCCACCCGGAAGACCCCACCGAGCCUGAGCCCACUGGGCCCAGCCGAGCAGGGCUCCUCUCCCCUGCUGAGCCCCGUCCUCAGCGACGCUGGCGGAGCCGGGAUGGACGACCAGGAGGAACUGAGACACAAGUGUGCGCCCGCGGACGAGGCCUACUUCAUAGCAAAGGAGAUUCUUGCUACAGAGCGAACAUACCUGAAGGAUUUAGAAGUUAUUACCGUGUGGUUCCGGAGCGCUGUGGUCAAGGCGGACGCCAUGCCUGCGGACCUGAUGACCCUGCUCUUCUCCAACGUCGACCCCAUCUAUGAGUUCCACAGAGGCUUCCUGCGCGAGGUGGAGCAGAGGCUGGCGCUCUGGGAGGGGUCUUCCAGUGCCCAGGCCACAGGCGACCACCGACGAAUCGGGGACGUCCUGCUCAGCAACAUGCUUCAGUUAAAGGCGCUCACCCGCCACUUCCAGAGGCUCCACGAGGUCCUGACGGAGCUGGAAGCUGCAAGCAGGCGCCUGCGGAGGCUGGAGGCGCUGCGCCGGGACUUCGAGCUGCAGAAAGUCUGCUACCUGCCGCUGAACGCCUUCCUGCUGAAGCCGCUGCAGCGCCUGCGCCACUACCGGCUGCUCCUGCGCCGCCUGUGCGCCCCCGACCGCCAGGACCCCGGCCAGGACCCCGACCGCGGCGACCAGGACCGCGCCGACCGCCGCGAAGCCCUCAAGGCCAUCACGGAGGUGACCUCCACACUCCAGCACAGCCUCGUCCGGCUGGAGAACCUCCAGAAGCUGAUGGAGCUGCAGCGGGACUUGGUCGGCAUAGAGAACCUUAUUGCUCCCGGCAGGGAGUUUAUCCGUGAGGGCUGCCUCCACAAGCUCACCAGGAAGGGCCUACAGCAGAGGAUGUUCUUUCUGUUCUCAGACAUGCUGCUGUACACAGGCAGAGGUGCCUCAGGGACCAGCCACUUCCGGAUCCGGGGACUCCUUCCGCUGCGCGGCAUGCUGGUGGAAGAACGUGAGAAUGAGUGGUCUGUCCCGCACUGUUUCACCAUCUACGCCGCUCAGAAGACAGUCGUGGUGGCAGCCAGCACCCAGCUGGAGAAAGAAAAGUGGAUGAGGGACCUGAACGCUGCCAUCGAUGCAGCCAAGAGCAACGCCGACACGGCCCUGGCACCGCUGGGCAGCGUGCUGUGCCCCCAUCCCCGCAGGCCCUCCGACGAGGUGUCUCUGGAGGAGUCGGAAGACGACGCUCGCAGGGCCCGCUGCUCCUCAGGGGGGCCGGGCCAGCACCGGGCCAGCACCGCCAUGCACGUGUGCUGGGACCGCACCACCAGCAUCUCCAGAGCCGACCGCAGCGCGGCCGUCGAGAACCAGCUCUCGGGAUACCUGCUGAGGAAGUUCAAGAACAGCAGUGGCUGGCAGAAGCUGUGGGUGGUCUUCACCAAUUUCUGUUUGUUCUUCUACAAAACUCACCAGGUAGGGGUGCUUCACCGAGCCCGAGGGGGGCUCUGCCCUUGGCACUGCAGGACCGCCAGGCCCGCCCACUGCGCCCUCACGGAACCCCCUCGGUUCCGAACGAGCCUGGCCCCGCCGCUGCUGCCGUGUGGGGAGAGGCGGGGGGCUGGGCGCCUGGCGAGCGCGUGCCCUGCUGCCUUCCAGGAUGACUGCCCCCUGGCCAGCCUCCCGCUGCUGGGCUACAGCGUGAGCCUCCCCGGGGAGGCCGACGGCAUCCACAAGGAGCACGUCUUCAAGCUCCAGUUCAAGUCCCACGUCUACUUCUUCCGGGCUGAGAGCAAAUACACGUUAGGGAGGUGGAUGGAGGUGAUCGAGAGCGCCAGCACCUCACCAGGGAGGGCCGGGACCUCCGAGGAGGAGGCAUGAAGCCCACCCUGCCCGGCUGAGGACAGAGCCGAGCAAGCAGAGCAGCAUGUGCCCACGACUGCGCGUCCCGUGUCCCCCCCUCCAGACCCCUUGGCCCCGUGGGGCAGCGGGACGAACACACAUGUGCGUGGAAAUGGGCCCGGCUCCAUGCACUGCCGAGGCUGGUGCCCACCUGCCCUCUCUCUGCCUCCAGAGCAGGACCCUGCCCUUCAGGCUGGGUGGGACAGGGCCCCUGGGUCACAGCCGCAUGGAAGUCCAGCAGAAACCACUCUGCUGCCCACCCCACACACCUCUGCAGGGUGGAAAGCAAAGUCCCCGUAAUUUAUCAGCCCCCAGGAGGUGUGCUGUGCUAACCUGCGUAAUAAAGGGCAUCUCCUGUA